AUGGCUCCCUGGAAACCUCCCGAAGAGAAUGAAAGAGAAGACGACGCUUAUGAAAUGCUGGAUUUGACCGAGUGUGCGAGAAGGCAUAGCUGGUGGAAUCGAGUAUUUGGCCACCGUUCAGGACCAAUGGUAGAAAAAUACUCAGUAGCCACCCGGAUUGUAAUGGGUGGUGUGACUGGCUGGUGUGCGGGGUUUUUAUUCCAGAAGGUUGGAAAACUUGCAGCCACCGCAGUGGGAGGUGGCUUUCUUCUCCUCCAGAUCGCCAGCCACAGUGGGUAUGUGCAGAUCGACUGGAAGAGAGUUGAAAAGGAUGUCAACAAGGCCAAGAGGCAGAUAAAGAAGCGAGUGAAUAAAGCAGCACCCGAGGUCAACAAUAUAAUUGGAGAAGCAACAGAGUUUGUCAAACAGAAUGUGGUGGUGUCCACCGGAUUUGUGGGAGGAUUUGUUAUAGGCCUUGCAUCUUAA